UUCAGUGUGCCUGGUCCACCAUGGGUAGGUAGAAGAUGGCUUUGCAUGACUUUCACCUUCAUCAGUUGGAAGCCUGGGGGCCGUUUGUGUAUUUUGAUUGGCACCCCGAGAAUAUGAUCAUGAAAGAUAUUUAAAGCUCAACGUUUCACACACAGCUCGUCUCCUCAUUGAAGAACCUCGAUGGACCUCCAUGAUGCCCCGGGGGACAUGAGUCUGCGUCCUGCCCAAAGUCCAGCAUGAGCCCCUUGCCCGCCCUGCGGGUCUUGUACCUCCCGCUUUUAGUCUUCCAGGCGUCGGUGGUGUCCAAGCACGAGAGGUCGCUGGUGCCGAGCUCCGCCUCCCGCCUGGUGGCCAGAAUGGACGGGGACAUCAUCAUCGGCGCCCUCUUCUCCAUCCACCACCAGCCAUCGGCCGAGAAGGUGGCGGAGAGGAAGUGCGGGGAGGUGCGCGAGCAGUACGGCAUCCAGCGAGUGGAGGCCAUGUUCCACGCGCUGGACCGCAUCAACUCGGACCCGCAACUGCUGCCCAACAUCACGCUGGGAUGCGAGAUCCGCGACUCCUGCUGGCACUCCUCGGUGGCGCUGGAGCAGAGCAUCGAGUUCAUACGGGACUCUCUCAUCUCCAUCCGAGACGGCAACGACAACGUCAAGUGGUGCGUGGAUGGGGCAGCUUCCGGUCAGCCCCCGCCCACCAAAAAGCCCAUCGUGGGGGUCAUCGGGCCCGGCUCCAGCUCGGUCGCCAUUCAAGUGCAGAACCUGCUGCAGCUGUUCGACAUCCCGCAGAUCGCCUACUCGGCCACCAGCAUCGACCUCAGCGACAAGACGCUCUUCAAGUACUUCCUCAGGGUGGUGCCCUCCGACACCCUCCAGGCCCGGGCCCUUUUGGACAUUGUCAAACGAUACAACUGGACCUACGUGUCUGCCGUCCACACAGAAGGUAACUACGGAGAAAGCGGGAUGGAGGUGUUCAAGGAGCUGGCCUCGCAGGAAGGACUCUGCCUGUCGCACUCGGACAAGAUCUACAGCAACGCCGGAGAGAAGCAGUUUGACCGGCUGCUGCGGAAGCUGCGUGAGCGUCUUCCCAAAGCCAGGGUGGUGGUCUGCUUCUGCGAGGGCAUGACGGUACGAGGCCUGCUCAUGGCCAUGAGGCGCCUCGGAGUGGCCGGAGAAUUCCUCCUAAUUGGCAGCGAUGGCUGGGCCGACCGCGUGGAGGUGGUGGAGGGCUACGAGCAGGAGGCGCUGGGCGGCAUCACCGUCAAGCUGCAGUCGGAAGACGUCUCCUCCUUCGACGACUACUUCCUGAAACUCAAGCUGGCCACCAACACCCGCAACCCCUGGUUCCCCGAGUUCUGGCAGCACCGCUUCCAGUGUCGCCUUCCGGGUCACCCGCAGGAGAACAGGAAUUACCUGAGGAACUGCUCCGGUUCCGAGCACCUGGAGGACAACUACGUCCAAGACAGCAAGAUGGGCUUCGUCAUCAACGCCAUCUACGCCAUGGCCCACGGUCUCCACGACAUGCACGCCAACCUGUGCCCGGACGGGCACGCGGGCCUCUGCGACGCCAUGAAGCCCGUCGACGGCAGCCGACUGCUAGACUUCCUGCUCAGGACCUCCUUCGCUGGCGUCUCCGGGGAGGACAUCUGGUUUGACGACAACGGGGACUCACCCGGGAGAUACGAGAUCAUGAACUUCCAGAGCGUGAAGCCCGGAGCUUACGACUACAUCAACAUCGGCUCGUGGCACGAGGGCGUGCUCAGCAUCGACGACGGCGUGCUCCAGAUGAACCACAGCGGCACGGUGCGCUCGGUGUGCAGCGAGCCCUGCUCCAAAGGCGAGAUCAAGGUGAUCCGGAAGGGAGAGGUGAGCUGCUGCUGGAUCUGCACGGCCUGCAAAGACAACGAGUACGUCCAGGAUGAGUUCACAUGCAAGGCCUGCGAGCUGGGAUGGUGGCCCGACCAAGAACUGGAAGGCUGCGAGGCCAUCCCCUUGCGCUACCUGGAGUGGAGCAAUCCCGAAUCCAUCAUCCAAGUGGUUUUCUCCUGCUCGGGCAUCUUGGCGACGUCCUUCGUGGCCUUGACCUUCGUUUCGUACCGCGACACGCCCGUGGUGAAGUCGUCCAGCCGGGAGCUGUGCUACAUCAUCCUGGCCGGCAUCUUCCUGGGCUACCUGUGCCCCUUCACCCUCAUCGCCCGGCCCACCGUGGCCUCCUGCUACCUCCAGAGGCUGUUGGUGGGACUCUCGGCCGCCAUGUGCUACUCGGCGCUGGUCACCAAAACCAACCGCAUCGCCCGCAUCCUGGCGGGCAGCAAGAAAAAGAUCUGCACCAGAAAACCCCGCUUCAUGAGCGCUUGGGCCCAGGUGGCCAUCGCCUCCAUCCUCAUCAGCCUGCAGCUCACGCUGGAGGUCACGCUCAUGGUCCUGGAGCCCCCCGAGCCCAUCAAGUCCUACCCGAGCGUCAGGGAGGUCUUCCUCAUCUGCAACACCAGCAACCUGGGCGUGGUGGCGCCGCUGGGCUACAACGGCCUGCUCAUCAUGAGCUGCACGUACUACGCCUUCAAGACCCGCAACGUGCCCGCCAACUUCAACGAGGCCAAGUACAUCGCCUUCACCAUGUACACCACCUGCAUCAUCUGGCUGGCGUUCGUGCCCAUCUACUUCGGGAGCAACUACAAGAUCAUCACCACCUCCUUCUCCGUCAGCAUGAGCGUCACCGUGGCCCUGGGGUGCAUGUUCACGCCCAAGAUGUACAUCAUCAUCGCCAAGCCCGAACGCAACGUGCGCAGCGCCUUCACCACCUCGGACGCCGUGCGCAUGCACGUGGGCGACGGCAAGCUGGCGUGCCGGAGCAGCGGCCUGCUGGGAAUCUUCAGGAGGAGGAAGAACGCUGGGAACGGCGGUUCUAAUGGAAAGUCUGUGUCGUGGUCUGAAGCAGGUUCGAGGCCCCCCGCCCCCAAAGGCCAACACAUUUGGCACAGACUGUCUGUGCACGUGAAGAAGCAGGAGGCGGCCUCCAAUCAGACGGCCGUCAUCAAGCCGCUGACCUCCACCAGGCUUCCGUUCUCGCAGCUCAGCGCCAAGACUUUGUACAACCUGGCCGAGGAGGACGAGGGCGACGGCGCCAUGUUGGACAGCCCCGUGACUCCUCCCUCCAUGGCGGACCAGCCUCCUUCAGGGCGUCAGCGGGCCGAGCUCUACGCGCCGGGCUGCAUGCAGUACAACAACGUGCUCAGUCGGGAAGUUCUGGUGAAACUCAACCCGGAGGCUGCGGGGGGCGUGCCCCCGUACCCCCACAGCCACCUCGUCCACCAGGACCGCCUGCAGUUCUACGACCAGGAGCCCGCCUCCCCUUUAGAGGAGGACGUGGAGAACGAGCAGUUUGGUCUCCUCCAGGGCUACAUGCAUGACGGCCACCCUCCACAUGAGGAGGUCAAGGUGGCCACGGGGGAACCCUUGGCGCUCAUGCCCCCGUCUCCUUUUCGAGAUUUCGCAGCGCCGCCCUUGAGCCCGUUUUCCAAUUCGCCCAUAUCGGAGUCCAUUUUGUGCUCGCCACCCUGUGCUGCGUACGCGUCGGCCGUCCUUCAAGACAAGCAGAGUUCCUCCACUCUGUAAUUAACAUCAUUACAAUUAUGUUAUAUUAUUAUUAUUAUAUAUAUUAUAUUAUUAUAUAUUUAUUAUAUUAUAUAUAAUAUUAUAAAAUAUAAUAAAAAAAGAUAAAUAAUAUUAUGAAUAUUAUGACAAUGACAUUUAUGACAAUUUUUUAAAGCUUUUUUCUUGGGGAAAAAAAUAAAACAUUUUUUUUAUAUGCGCACCAGUUAGUUAGCUUACGUGCAAAGAGGGCGUCAAUUUGAAAUCGGGACAUUAAAAUAAUAAAUGAAAAUAAGAUAUGAUAUGAUAUGAUAUACCCAAGUGGUUAUUUGCUCAUGUUCGUGACGUUCAUCCGAUCAUUUACGGUAUACGUUACACUCAUAACGUACAGCUUUGACACGAUAAGCGGCCCUCGGGUAAAUGCUAUGAAUAUAUGCUACAGAGCUACAGGCUAACAUUUAUGCUAACGUGUUGACGUGUGGUAAGGUGACGUAUACGUGCGUUGUCAAUAGACUAAUAAUUCCUUGCUCAGUAAGCAUUUCAACUCGGCUUAAGUUUAGGGCGUUUGUGUCUUCAAUUCGAAAAAAAAGAUUAACAUCAAAGCGCGUUAGCGUGCGUUAGCUUGCGUGAAAACAACAUAAAGUCUUGUUCGUCCAAGUGUAAGUUGAUAAAAAUAUCCUUGAAGGGAUUUGUAGGGUUGACUUUGCUAUCGGGGAAAAAGCAGGCUAGCGCUUUAGAAACGUUCUUUCCAAGUGUGCUAUGCUAGGUAGCUGCUAGCUUUAGCGCUACAGAUAAUAACGAUACUGAAAAGUGAUACUGUAUGUCACAUUUUUCAUCAUAUAGAUACCUUUUUAUGUGUGAUUUUUUUUCCUAAAGGCUUGAAAGGUGAGUUGUUUUUUCUAACGAGACGUAUGUUUGGUUGGUCAAUGCAUCGCUACCGAUAACAUAUUGUUAACAUAGUGUUAGUAUUUCCCAUGUUGUGCUUGUACACAACGGAGUGGUACUGCAUUAUGUCAUGUAUGCAAGACAAAAAGUUGUAAUUUACCAAGGAAAAAGUCAUUUUAUGAGACUAAUGGAAUCUGGGAAAAUAUCAUUUUAGUAGCAUACAGUUUAAAUAUUAAAGAAAAAACAUUUUCUUUAAAAAAAAAAAAAGUAAAGGCAUAAUAUUAUGAGAAACUACGGUGGCGUAUUAGGGCCACUUUGGAAAAAAAACAAAUAAUCUGAGAUAUCGAAAAUAGUCGUAAAUGUACGAGAAAAAAGUACCCUUAUAAUCACGUUCUGAUGAUAAGAACUUUACUGCUGUUUUUGUUCUAUUUCAACUUUAUUCUUGUAGAUUUUCUUUUCAUAAUAUGGCUUUAUUUCCACAGUAUUCUGACUUUAGUCUCAUAAUAAAUAAAUAAAUAUAUAUAUAUAUAUAUAUAAUCAUAUUGAAACUUAGUUUUUCUUAAAUAUUUCAACUCUAUGCCACCAAAAUGACAUUGUUUUUAUGAGAAAAAAGUA